UUUAAGGGGUUACUCCUUAAGAUUAGAUUCAAAAUAUUCACAAUUUCAUUAAAAUUCAUUUAUUGUUUAUAUUUGGAAUGACCCCAGGCUAUCAGAGGGCAUCAGGGCACCAAAACUUGAUGGUAGCAGACGCAGGAAUUGAAUCAUCAGUGGUGGAAGAGGAUCCAGAGGCGCCCAUCAGGCACAGUCCAGGAGUCUAGACAUGGCAAACUCUGGUAAUAGUAAAUGGGACCCCUAUGAGACCUUGCAGAACAGGGAUUUUGUGUACAGGCCUGGCUCUUCAAUUCCAGCUUUAAGACCUCAGACAUCAAGAGGCUAUAGAAAUGUAUACGCCUUGGCUGAUCCUGUUGGUAGAACUGCAUACAGUGAUGAUUUCGGCUGGAAAUCACAAUCUAAACCUGUUUGUAUUCGGACGGGAUCGGGAACUGGCAACAGGAGGAACAACCCACACCCAAGCCAGUUUUUUAUGAUAUGGAAGCUUCCUCCUGGAGUGAAACUUUGUGAAAACCCCCCGAGUGUUGAGGACGUCCGAGACGCUGUGGCCUCUCAGUACACGUCUACAUACAGAACAGACUUUUUAAGGCUUCACCAAGGGAAAAUGAUGAACCAAAGAGCCCUUGCUCUGCCCAAGCCCAGUCCUGAUGCUCCUCAGCCCAUGCAGACUGAGAUGAAACAGAACUUUCACAAACCAAUUCAGAAAGCUGAACUGCAGGAAAAUAAUCUUCACUAUGGGAGCAGCGUUGGCUGUGGCGGGCCGCUUAAAGGCAUUGUCCCAACUGUAGUUCAGAAACACAUCACUAACCAGGAGAGCUGGAAACUCUUCUCUACAUAUGAAAGGUAUUUUGGAGGUAAAUCUACAGACUUUGCGUCACUGCUCAUGUUCCCCCAGCCAGCAGAACUCCAAAACUUGUGCAAGAAUUUACCUGAAAAUGACGGAAAGCUGGUGAUGCGGUCGAUUCUGCAGAGAUCACCAGUUCCUCCUGAUCAGGAAAAAAUAGUGAAGCUUCCAGUGAAGUCCUCACAUUCUCCUCCAGUCUUAAACAGGAUAUCAGUGUGGUCUGGACCGCUGUGAAACAUGCUCGUAAUACAUUAAUGGUCAUGAUUUUGAUUGUGUGGAAAAAUAUCAAAUGUGAUUUGAAUGCGAUGAAGUUUGUUGUUCAGAUAAUGUAGCUGUUGAGAAUAAAUCAUUUUUAAACAA